GUUCAAUUCUGAAACCAAAAUCCCUACAACUGCCCACCACCACCACCGAACCAAAUUUCAAACACACAUUUCGAAUUCCCUCUUCUUCACUGCCUCCAACACACAAAUACAAAAACCCAUCAAUUUUCAAAACCCAAAAAAUUUGGAGCCAAAACCCAAAACCCAUUUCUCAAAUCUCCUCAAAACCCAUCUCCCAUUUUCACAUUCCUUAAACAAACAAAAACUAACACCGAUUUGUCUGAAAAUCUGAAUCUUCUAUCUCCAUGGAAACCCUAAAACCCAACUCUGCUCCUUCAGAUUCCACCAUUCCCGAAGAAAUCUUUGAUGUGUCUUCACUAUUGAAAGAAACUCUUGGUGGGUCUUCACCGUCUUUGCCUUCUGAAACCCUAGAUGACCAUUCUUUGGUCCCUAUACCCUCAAUUCAAAAUGGGUCUUCUCAAGCUGACCAAUCUAUGGCUGUUCCACCAUCAAAUUCAACUGGGUCUUCCUCAAUUUUGCCUCCCAUCAAUGAAACCCUAAAUGGGUCUUCUUCUUCUUCUUUGGUUAUUGAAACAGAAACCCUAGAUGAUUGUCCCAGCUUCCCUCUCUGUUGUGAUGGAGAAGAAGAUGUCCUUGAGGAAGAAGAAGAACUAUUGCCCUCUUCCCCAAAUCGCUUAUUGGGUAACAAUUUAUGGGACUAUUCGUCUUCGCGUUGGUCUUCUUCACAUAGUUCUUCGUCAUGGUCAUCAUCUCGUGGGACUUCAUCUUCAUCUUCGUCCUGGUCUACUUGGCCUUCUUUAGAAGAAACAAGGUCUUCUUUGCCCAUUUCAAACUCUUCUACCCUUGAAUUCAAGCCAUCCACUGUGGGUGCAGGGCUUGCAAAUCUGGGCAACACAUGCUUUAUCAAUGCCAUCCUGCAAUGCUUUACACACACAGUGCCACUUGUCCAGGCUCUUCGGUGUUGCAAUCAUGCUGUGCCCUGUGACCGUGGUAGAGAAGGGUUCUGUGUUCUUUGUGCUCUCUUUGACCAUGUUGAACGUUCACUAGCUGCUGCAGGAGGGGUUCUUUCGCCUUUGGAACUUGUUGACAAUUUGAACCACUUUUCAUCUUAUUUCCGGAGAUACCAGCAGGAAGAUGCCCAUGAAUUUCUGCAAUGCUUCUUAGACAAGCUUGAGAGUUGUUGUUUGGAUUUGAAGGCAAAGGAUAAGGGUUUGUUGUCCCAAGAUAAUAACCUAGUGGAAAGUAUUUUUGGAGGCCGUCUUGUGAGCAAUCUUCGCUGUUGCAAUUGCGGCCACUCUUCUGAUACAUAUGAACCUUUGAUAGACCUGAGUUUGGAGAUUGAAGAUGUGGACACCCUUCCAAGUGCUUUGGAGUCGUUUACCAAAGUGGAAAAAAUUGAAGAUUUGGAGACAAAGUUUACAUGUGAGAACUGCAAGGAAGAAGUGUUGGUGGAGAAGCAGUUCAUGCUGGACCAGGCUCCUUCAGUUGCUGCAUUCCAUUUGAAAAGAUUCAAGACUGAAGGGUCCUUCAUUCAGAAAGUUGACAAGCAUGUGGAAUUCCCUUUGCAGUUGGACUUGCAGUCCUACACCUCUGGCAAUCAGGACAAUAAGGUGGAAUUGAAGUAUGACCUGUAUGCAGUUGUGGUGCAUAUUGGGUUUUCAUCUACUUCUGGACAUUACUUCAGCUUCAUUCGAUCCUCUCCAGAGACAUGGUACAGGCUGGAUGAUUCAAAGGUCACUAGUGUCCGAGAAGAAUUUGUGCUAGCUCAGGAGGCCUACAUUCUGUUCUAUGCAAAGCAGGGUACACCCUGGUUUUCAAGUUUAAUGGAAGCACCGAAUCCAUGCUUGGAUCCAAACAUAUUGAAUACAUCGCCGAAGUCAGUUCUUGAUAAUGUGGAUAGUGUCUGUACUAUAUAUCCUAGUGUGGCUAGUAUUGAUAAUUGUGAUGCCAAUGAAUCCCGAGAUAAAGUUGAGGGAGUUUCUUCUGAUUUCUCAUGUGGAACAAGACAUCAAAGGGUUGAGGUCAGUGAAACUAGAGAUGCUAUUGUUGGUAGUUCUGGACCAUUAUUAUGCAGAUCAAAGCAAGAUGAACUUGGGUCCAAUGACUCUAAAGAUAAUACUCCCAUUAAUAACACCUCAAUGCUACUUGAGGCAAAUAAUCCCCCUGAUGGGACUUCAUACAAUGAUGAGAAAAUGUGUACUACAUCCUCACUUGGGAGAAGUAACAGCCAUAAGGGAAUUGAUGAAAAUAAAGACUUUGGUUUCCAUCCUCUAACGCCACCUGGAUCUCCAAGUCCAGAUAAGGUUUCUUUAGAGUCUUCAGAGGUGAGGUAUCAAAUUCCCCGUGAUCAUCUUAAAUCAGAGAAGCCAGUGAGUUGCAAAAAACGGUUGAGCAAGGAUUUAGAAGAUUCAAAGAGAAAGGAAGCUGUCAGAUACCUUUCAAGGAGUGUGCCUUACUCACGGGGCUCAAAACUUAUUGCUGCCGUGCUUGGAAACCAAAGUGAAGGUUCUCUGAACAAGAGGAAAAGAAUGGUAUCAUCCCCAUGCAAGAACAGCCCUCCUAGUACUCGUCGUAAAGCCAACCAUAAUUCUGUCAUGCAGCCCAUGACUGCAGCAAUUUUCCGGUGAACAGUGAGAUUUUGCUUAACAAAUAUGGCUUUUGCCCAGUGCAAGUAUAAUAGAGAAUCAAUGCUAACUGUGUCUUGUUUAAAUAAAUUGGAUAUCGACCUUUGUAAUUGUUCAUGUUAUUCUGUUUGCCUUUUAUGGUGGGAGGCCUAUGUGGGUUAAGUCAGCUUGGAUUUGGGUUGUACUUAAUAGUAUGAAAUGAAAUGUAAAGUUUCUUAUGAGGUUUCAA